UGGUGCGUUAACAGCAAUAACUUCUCACAUGUGUCUGUGCUCUGCAGGAGGAGCUGGUGUCCAAGGUGGAGAAGAUGCGUCAGGCAAUCCUCGAGGGCAUCAACCUGUCCCGCCCUCCUCCUCCUCCCCCUCCUCUUCCACCUCCUCCCUUCCUCCCCGCUUCCAUGGUGCCCCCUUUCUACCCCAUGCCUCCCCUCUACCCACCUCGCCCCAUGGGCAUGCCUCAUCAUCAUCACCCACACCAUCCUCACUACCCCGCCCAGCACAGACCAAGAGCCUUCCCAGGCCUUCAGUCAAUCCCCCCCCAGGGAGGGAAACUGGAGAUCGCUGGCAUGGUCGUCGGCCAGUGGGCCGGGAACAAACCAGUCCGUGGGAGAGGGGGCUUCAACAUGCAGGUGGUGUCAGUGGGAGCAGGGAGAGGGAGGGGUAAAGAGAUUCCAGCUAAACCAAGGGUGGUGAAAAAGACGCCUACCAACAGAUCACAGACGUCGCCUCCCCCCCCCUCCAGCAGCCCCCCAAAGCCCUCAGAGGAGGCGGCCGGCUCUCCAGAGGCUGCGCCUCAGCAGCUGAACGGCAGUGCUGCAGCCAUCGCCCCCCCCCUGGAGCUGGCCCCCCUGGCCCAGCCAAUCCCGUGUGCCUUAGCCAGAGACAACCAAUCAGAUGGGGUGGAAGUGGAGGUCCCCUUUUGCCUUGACGACUGCCCGUCAGACGGAGCGCUACAGAAGGAGGAGUGACGGCGUCCUCUCCCAGGAUGCAUUGCUCUGAGAGAGUUCUGUGUUUGACUGCCUUCCCCUGUUUUUGUAGCCCCGCCCUGCUAGCUGUGCAGCGUCACAUGGAGCAGGAGGUGCAGCGAGGCUCGCCCCCACCCCCCCCCUGCUCCAUGGGACGUUCAGUGGCAGUUAGCUGUUACUUCCUGUUAAGUUUUUCAUGUGGUUUUACAUUGUUUUACAAAGAGAGGUUUUCUCCAUGAGUCUGUAAGCGCCCCGCCCCUCAAAAAUCCUAAAUGCCUCCCUCCUGCAUUCAAGAGUAAAAUAAGCUUAAGCCCACCCCCGUUACAACCAAGCACUUAAACCCCCCCCCCUUAAAGUAUGGGUAUCUGUACAGUUAAAAUGUCUUAUUUUGUGUUUUUAAUGGUCCCAUUGUCAGAUGUUAAGCAUGCGGUUUAGGGUGACAGAUUGGAUGUGGUUUCCAUGGUUACAGCAUCUAGGCCUGGGCGCCAUGGUCGGUGUUGACGUGUUUGAUGGUUGGUUUGUUGCCAUAGCCGUCUCGUGUGAGAUUUAUCUUACAUGAAUUCUAGGUAUGUGAGUAAGAUUUUAACAAAGUGAUGGUACCAUUCUUCUGUGCAGUGACCCCCCGCCCCUCCGUACUCACAACGUUGGUAUACUUACUAGCAAAGAACCCCUUUUAUUGAUUGAUUGGUUAUCUAUCACAGGAGCACUUCUGCACCACCACGGUAUUGGCGUGAUAUCUUACUUUGACCAAUGUAGCAUAGACCAGUGCUUAGCUGUGCUUUGAGACCCCCCGCAUUUAUGCACCUUAAGCCCUAAAGUAUGAAAGAUAUAACCCCGCUCCUCCAAAAAAAAAAGUGCAUUAUAAUAUUAUCCUCCCAUGCCCCUUGUCCUUUACUCCCAAAGCUUUGAUUGUAUUACCCAAACGGAAGCACUUAAUGUUGUAUUUAAAUAUGAUGAAUUUGAACAAACCCCUAUACCGGUUAAUUGACCGUCUGAGAGGGGUGUUCCCCGCCCCUAAGUAAAUCAUUAUGACUUGUAGAACUACAUAUAAAGGUAGAGAUGUAUUUGAGAGACAUCAGAAUGUGAACAGAGUGGUUUCAGACAAAGAGGCACUUUGUUUUUAAAAAAAAAAAAAAAGAAAAGUUUAAACCACACUGGAUAGUCUUCUACCAGGUGAGAAAGAAAUGAUAAAACUCUGAGGCACGUUCUGGAGUUCAAGGCCAAAAAAGAAAAGAAUAAUGCUGCCAGACAAAAGAUGGAUAUGAACGGUGAGGGUUUGGGUAACUGCUGCCAGGCGGAGUUCCCCGCAGACUGGCCUCGCACGUUCAGACAUAAAACUUUGCAAUUAAGCUGAAAAAGGACUCCUGAUGUUCCGCGUCGAGGGUCCUUGGGAAUCUUUUCAGAUUUCUAAAAAAAAGUUAUUUCCAAAGUGUAUUUUAAGAAAGGCCAGCCUACUGAGGCAGCCAGUGAUAUAAAAGGGGUGUGGCGAGUGACAAAUCCUCAAAGAGCCCCCCCCCCCCACCCACUCAGGUGGUGAUUGAGUUUCGGUUGUCAUUUACGAUAGCCCAACACCAUGAGCCGCAGCGCUCUGGUGUGUCACUUUAGACCAACAGGAAGCACUUCCCUGCCCUGAAGCACCUCGGCCUGAAAACACGGCGAGGCUUUAUGGGUCGGAUCACAUGACGGGAGAGAGGGAGGCCUCAUGGCGGACCCCCCAGAGGGCCGCUCAACAAUCUGAGACUUCUAAGAUAUUGAAUUGUUUUAUUAGAGCACUUAUGUUUGUAGAGAAUGAGAUGUGUCCCACAUAGUAGAUUUCAUCUGACUACGGAAAUACAAUUUACCAAUAGCCGGUAGCACAACUGCAAAAUGUAAAAAGCAGUACACCGACAGAUACUGCCUGAGAGAUGCUGGCCAUGAUCAUUGUAAAUCUCUAUAAACUUACUUGGAGAGGUUGAAAUGAGCUCACUAUGUUAAAAAAAGGCAAGUCAACAAAGAAGCACCUUAUUUUCUUACUAUGUUGAUGACUUGUGCUCUAUCGUGUGCCACAAAAUUGACAUGGAAAAGAAGCUCUUACGAAAUGCCGUUUUGAAGGAAAAAACCCUGACUAUAUCUGUAAGUGUUAAUGUAGUCGCGUCAGACAUCCCCUCAGUUUAUGAACUCAACCAUGACCGUUGACCCAGCCGCGAGUCGUAGGCCUACGCUCGCCAUCACAAGGCUGGGCCGCGCCGCCGUCUCUUACACCAAAUGAAAUCAGAGGUUUCGGACCCGUUAGCCGUUGAUUGGUAGGGAUUAAGAGUUCGAGUACUGUAGGUGUUCAUAGGUGAAGAGUAGGUAACGGCGUCGGGCUGAACACAGGACUGUAAUAACACAGACACCAAGACUAGGCUAGAGAAUAUAGCUCCACUGGCCGAAAAAUACUAAGUCUAGAAUUACUAGGAGUCAUAUACUUAACUGCUUUUCAACUUUUGACAUUAGUACAAAUAUGUGUAUCGCAACAGUACAUUGUUAGAAGAUGGCUUUUCUGCGGCGAGCCAGAGCGUGAUCUGGUAUACGAUGCCCUCUCUCGAUUCGCUCGCCAGAUACCAGAAAUGCCACACAGACACACACAUAUACAUUUAAACAAAACACACACAUACAGGUAUUCAGUUGCAUUUGUUACCAGCGGCAUUCUCUCUGCUUUUGUGCUGAAGUGAUUUUGUGCAGUUUCAGUUCCCAGUGGAGUGCUCUUCAGUUCAUCAGAGAUCAUUUUUUGGUAACACAUUCUACUGAGUCUUAUACAAAAAAAAUAUCCCACAUUUUCAAGUUUGCAUGGAUGGAUUUAAAAAUACAGGCCAUGACAAACACAACCAUAUAUACACACACUUAAACACACACACUUACACACACACAUUACCACACAACACACACAUACAUAGAUGUUAAACCCUGAGUUACACAGUAGCUAGUAUGGAUAAAAUAAAGUCAACACAAUACAUGAUGUAGUGUCCCUCUCUCGUCCUUGUCUGUUUUAGUUCGAUAGAUAUUUGAUCAGUGAUUUUUAUGCUUGUUAUCCUAACCCCCCGCCCCCCCCUGCUAUUACACUUUUUCUCGCCCCCCCUCCUACUCCCCCAUAAAAGGUUCAUUCACUUCUUCUCUUUAAUGCCCCCUAAUCUUCCUUGUAGUCUACAUGCAUCCACACACACACACAGACACACAACAUGGCCACUGAUUUAAAUUUGCACUGACACAAAACCAAUCCACACAUUUUACACACAGGUUACCCCUCCUGUCCGGUUCUUCAGUUCUCUCUUUCACUCUUAUCGCCUCCCUCUCUGCCUCUCCUUUUAGCCCCUUUUAGGACCGUUUCUAUUGGCUGUUUUUUCUCUUUGGGCUGCCCCGCCCCUUAAUCAACCCAACUAACAGUAAAGGUUAUAUUAACGUUGAUAAUCAGUUUCUGUAUGUAUCUAGCCAGAGUCUGGAAAAAAAAAUCUGAAAAAAAAAAAUCAAAACGGUUUUAUUCAAUUGUGCAAAUGUGUUUUUUCUUACUAUUUUUAAUGUUAUUACAUCUUCUAAUCUAAUCCUUCUACCAUUGCUUCAGUUAGUACUGAAAUACGCUUAGCCAACCUAGAGAUUUGAACUGUAAUGAUUGCGAUUUUCCUUACCUGUAUUUUAUAUGGCAUCUUUAGACCACCGUUUAUUAUGUACGUAAGUAAAUAUUGCCCGUUUUCGAAAUUCAAAUUGUCGUCUGCACUAUGUUCUGAUCCUCAUAAUAUCCCUGAAAACUAUUUCGUGGUCGACUCAUUAUCAAUCUAAGCUGAACUUGCACAAAGCAGCGUAACAUCUCUUGUAAACACCUGAGAACCAAAGUACACCUAGCAUCCCCUCUACUCCAUAUAAAGCCCCCCAUAGCCCCUCCCGCUCCCCGGCAUCGACGGUUUACCCCCGAGUAACAAGUUUUCCGAUGAGUAUGAUUAUAUAUAUAUAUAAUGACAUUACAGCACGUGUGAUUUAUCUGACAAGUCUGUGAGGUAACGGUGUUUUUUUAAACGCCGUGGUUUUCGUGGAGACGCAGACAGACAGGGAAAGGAAGGAAGUUUUUGUUCGACAGUGAGUGAGCGAGUGGGCAGGUUUUAGGCAUUGUGGGUCAAAUCACCCCUCCUGUUGCUCGCUCACGCCUUUUUGUAACUUCUUCAUUGACUGAAUUCAGGCUGUGUGCGAGCCAUUUGCACACGCUCAGAUCAACACUAAUACAAAAAGGAACAACAUCUGGCAGAUGUGCUUUCAGUCACGCUGGGGUUUUGGCGCCCUCUUUAGCAUUUCUCACAUGUUAUUGUUGUGCUCUCUCAAACUUGCCUUUAACUGCCCAGACUCGGAUUGAAUCUGAGGAGCUGAGUCUCUUCACACGUGGGCAUGGAUAUUCUGAAUGUGGCUGGAUUUUCCUCAAAACACAAAUCUGAGAUUAUUUAGCAUCUAAAUACAUGGCAUGUGAAGUGCAACUAAGAAAUCAUUUAUGAUUGUUAAGAUCCACAAUCGUAUUCUAAGACCCAUACUACACCCUUUCACCAAGUUUCAGGAUCAUUAUUCAUUUUUGUAAACCUGCGUACAAAGAAACCAAUCUGAAAACAUUUCCUUGGUGAAGUUAAUUAAUAGAUUAGAGGUUAAUCUAUGAACAAAUCUGCAACUAUAUACUACCAUUUUGUUAAUUUAGAUCAAAUGUUGGAGCAAAAAUUUCAAGCAUUUUCUUAACAGGCCUUUUUAUUUAUUUAUUCUCACAUUAAGACAAAAACAAGAAAAGAAGGGCAUAUUAAUUGAAAGUACUUCUUAGUUGCCACGUGGAUUUGUUCAUGACUUUUUGCAUGGAAAUUGUGAAACUUAUUUUUUUAAAUGUUAUUCAUUCAACUAUGAAUUUGUUAAUUGAGAAAAUGACAUCAAACAAUCAAUUCAAUGCAUUUCUGAUCAAUUUCCUGCUCUCAGCCGAAGUGUCAUGAGGAAAAUUCACCUUCUCUGACUGAAAUGAUAAGAGUUGUCCAGCGGAUAGUAAAGGCAUCUUGCCUCACAGCCGACACAAAUGGGAGCGCCUCUUCAGGAGCUCGACAAUGUUGAAGAGAACCAAAAGUCCCAGAAGAAUAUAAGUGUGCUAUGUUGUAUUGUAGAAGUCAAACAGUGUUAUUGUCUGUCAUACAGAAUGUGGAAAGGGGUCAUCAGCUGUGUUGUACCUGUUCUGAUCUAUUUGCAGGGUUCUCACAGCAUUUUGUCCUGCUUGAAUAAAGGUCCCUAUAUGUCUGUCUCUCUCUACACUGCCAAACCCUCCCUCAACAGCCCCCCAAGCUCCAGUAUAAUCCCCCCCCNCCCCCUCCUCCAAUGGAGUCCCAAAAAAUGGGUUCAAGUUGAUCAUUAUUGGCUAUUUUUUUGUUUUGUCACGAUUGGGCCCUUAGCCACAAAUGUACCAAUGCAUGUACUACAGUAUCCACUCAAAACUACCUGCGCAACGAAAAGGGUUAAAUUUAUCCAUAAUAUUAUUGUUAUAGAAAUAUUAUCAUCAUUAUUGCUGUUAUAAUUAUGGUCGGUAUAAUUUGUCAUCAUUGUUAGCAUUAUGGAAGCACCAGACUGUUUGUGGAAAGAUGAGAAAAAAGAAAGCUUUUUUUUUUUUUUUUUGUCUGGCUGUUGGUGGUCUGAUCUCACAGAGGGAGGGGAGGAAAGGUUCAGAAAGAGACAAAGAUGGCAGUCAUGUUUGUACUGGUUGGGAAAUGACUUACAGUGCUGAAAUAAAAUUUAUUCUUUUAGUAAAAAAAGUA